AGCUUAUUUGAGACACUCGGGUCUGACACACUAUGGCGGUGUUGGAGUAUAUGUCCGCUUCCCUCAGCUGAGCUCAGGAGUCCACAUACGAAUUCUGGUAGAAUUUCUAGCCGAAUUCGUACUGAGCUUCUACGGAUUUCCAUAUUAUCACCAAUACAUGUAGUUGACCCUGUGCGCAUUUCCACACAGUGUUGGGCCCACACUGCACCAUGGUCACCGGGGCCGCGAUGAGAGGUGCUGUUGAUCCGAGUGGGAGUGACGCUAGCAGCAGUAGUGGCGAGUCCAUGGAGUUACUCUGACGCAUACGGUUCUCCUGAUUGCUAGCAUUGCUCAUGCUUCAACUGUGAAUGCUCAUUUCUCCUGCUAAGAGGACGUUCACAACGUGGAGUGCACCGUUCUUGUAUCCAUCUCUGGCCAGUCUCCUCGCUAGGGAAGGCCCAAUGCCACACACUCUGGUCAUGGCUGACUCCAUAGAGUUUUCUAGCAACGCAGGCAGCAUUUUGCGGCACAGUUACCUCCUCGGCGUCUCUGGUGUGUUGUUCGGCAGCUAUACAGGGGUUAGUGAGCACCAGUCAAAGGCGUGGAUGAGGUCUUCGCUGCGAAUGUCGAUGUGUUAUAAGCGUGGGGGCUGUCCUGUGGUGCCAAGCUGUGAUAUCCUCGCUGCUGUGGAGGAGCUGAAGAUGCGUCUCGGUUACACAGUGUGCAUCCUAGGUGACGGCUACAUUACUGAUGACAGUUGCCAGAUCCCCCGUUACGACUUGAGUCGGCCACAGACGAGUGGCAAGUUCCUAGAGGCUCCCAGGUUGCUUCUGAUUACUGGCGGGGAAAGUCAGAGGCGAGCGGAUGAUCUACUGUGCAAGGCUGAUGUUUUAUGCGAGGUCCCAGCCUUGCCCUACAGUCACUUCAGCUACAACGUCGGUUGUGCUGUUACAUUAGCUCUUUUUGAGCGGUUCAAGAUUACAAGAAGUUGGCCCAGACCGGUCACUAUCCCCCCGACGUGUGCUUCUGUCUCAUGAUGAGCUGUCUUAUCAGGGCUUACUGUG